AUGUUUUUUCUCAGGCUGACGGGAAGAGGCGACUUUUCGCAGGAGGCACGGCGGCUCUACGCUGCAAGAAGGGCGUUUGGAUGGACGGGCGUAGAAUGCGUGAUCAUCUACAGCGACACUACGGACAAAAUUCGCCCAGCAGCGGCCAAAGUACCACGCGGCUGCGUCCCCCCGGCCGAAGCAACGCCGGAAGCUGAUCUAGAUGCGGCGCGCCAAUCUGCUUGCCCUGCGCGAAGGAGAUGGGUUUUGCGGUCUACAAAUUGUGGGACGAGGGCCGCUACCCUUUACUAUGUCCAGCUGCGUAGCGUUGCGCGGCGGGUGCAUCAUCGAGAACUACUACCACCAGCGGACAGAUCGCGAAUAAAAAACGGAGAUGAGGUUGAUGAAGCUGUGAGCAGCAAGGGUUCGUGGCGUGACAAGUUUUAG